AAUGACACAUGUCAGUCUAAUCUAACCUAAGUUUUCUCAAUAUCAUUCCAUAAAAUAAAAAGCCAAAAAAUGGCGUUCAAUUUCGCUGCAUUUUCAUAUAUCAUUGCUCUAAUAAUUGAUGCUUUUCUGAUAUUUUUCUCAUUAUUUCAUGUCAUAGCGUUCGAUGAACUAAAAACGGACUACAAGAAUCCAAUAGAUCAAUGUAACAGUCUUAAUCCACUUGUCAUACCUGAGUAUUUACUACAUAUAAUUUUCAAUAUCCUCUUCGCCGCUGCUGGUGAGUGGUUUUCCUUGUGCUUAAACAUUCCUCUGAUAGCCUAUCAUGUGAAUCGCUAUCGUACUCGUCCUGUAAUGUCAGGUUAUGGUAUAUACGACCCGACUAGCAUUAUGAAUGCAGAUGUACUCACAAGGUGCCAACGUGAAGGAUGGAUCAAACUUGCUUUCUAUCUUCUUAGUUUCUUCUACUAUCUUUAUGGAAUGAUAUACGUGUUAAUUUCCAACUAAGUAAAGGCCCAGCAAGUGUCAUGAAGAUCAAAUUGUUUAGUAACAAAUACAGAGACAGUGGGGAUUCGGUUCGAUAUUGUGCAGUUUUUCCUGAAAGAAUUUUAUUCAAAAGAAAACUCAUAAUAAUCGGAACCGGCUUUGCUGAAGGAAGGUGUGGUGUAAGUUUUAUAUUUUUAGAUUUUGUUGUCAGAUAGACAAACAGUUGAUGUAUCAUUUCAGCAUUCUUUGUAAUUGAAUUGAAUAUAAUAUUUAUUAACAAACUA